UAUAAUUUUUAACUCUAAAGAUUGAGGGAUCAAAUUUGGAGACAUUUUCUAAGUUGUAACUGGAUUUGUGAUGCCUGGAGGAAGUGGAGCGGGUAAUAAACAGAAAUCUGACAAACUGGGCGAGGGAGAGAAAGUACUCUGCUACCAUGGACCACUCAUAUAUGAAGCAAAAAUUAAUAAGAUUCAAAUGAAAGACAAGUCUUUGCAAUAUCUUGUUCAUUACAGUGGGUGGAGCAAAUCUUGGGAUGAGUGGGUUCCUGAAUCAAGAGUUCUCAAAAUUAACGACACGAAUCUUCAGAAACAAAAAGAGCUUCAGCAGCAGCAUCCUCUCGUUGAGAAGCAGAGAAAGACCGGGACAAAAAGAAAGUCUGACAAGAAAGGACGAGAAUUUGAGCCAGCCACCAGAAGGAGGAGAAUGAUGAGACAAGAUAUCAGUGAAACGGUAUUUCUCAUCAAAUUUUAUUUUUAAUCAUAUUUUAAUAUUUUUGUGGCCCAAAUUUUUUAUGUGAAUAGCCAGUAAUUUA